AUGACUUCACUCAAUCUUCAAUGCAAUGAAAUUCGAGUCGAAGGUAUACGAUAUCUUGCUGAAAUGUUGCAGAAUAACACGACAUUGACUACGCUUAAUCUGGAAAAAAAUAAUAUCAGUGCUAGAGAAACCGAAUAUCUAGCUCAAGCGUUACAGAAUAACACGACACUUACUACUUUUAAUCUUGGAUGGAAUUAUGUUCGUGAUGACGGGGCACAGUAUUUAGCUCAUGCAUUGCAGAAUAACACAACACUCAUUAUACUUGAUCUGCGAUCCAAUGGCAUCGGUACUGAAGGAGCACAAUAUCUGGCUUAUGCAUUUCCGAAUAACAUGGUGAAAUAA